GAAAGCAAGUCAGAUCAAAACUCUCGCAAGCGUUUAACCACUGGCUCAACGUCCCAGAGGACAAAAUUCAGGUGAUUAUCGAGGUGACGGAGAUGCUGCACAACGCCAGUCUGCUGAUCGAUGACAUUGAAGACAGCUCCAAGCUGCGGCGCGGUUUCCCGGUGGCCCACAGCAUCUACGGCGUGCCGUCAGUCAUCAACUCUGCCAACUACGUCUACUUCCUAGGCCUGGAGAAGGUGCUGACGCUAGAGCACCCCGAGGCCGUGCACGUCUUCACCCGUCAGCUGCUGGAGCUGCACCGCGGCCAGGGUCUGGACAUCCACUGGAGGGACACCUACACCUGCCCCAGCGAGGCCGAGUACCGCGGCAUGGUGCUGCAGAAAACCGGCGGCCUCUUCGGCCUCGCCGUGGGCCUCAUGCAGCUCUUCUCCCACUGGAAACCAGAUCUGAAGCCGCUUUUGGACACUCUGGGGCUCUUCUUCCAGAUCCGGGACGACUACGCCAACCUGAACUCGACGGAGUACAGCGAAAACAAGAGCUUCUGCGAGGACCUGACGGAGGGCAAGUUCUCCUUCCCCACCAUUCACGCCAUCUGGUCGCGUCCCGAGAGCACGCAGGUGCAGAACAUCCUCCGGCAGCGCACGGAGAACGUGGAUAUCAAACGCUACUGCGUGGACUAUCUGGAGAAGGUGGGCUCGUUUGCUUACACCCGUCACACGCUGCUGGAUCUGGAAGCCGAAGCCUAUCGGUUGAUCGCUGAGCUCGGAGGGAAUCCCGAACUGGAGGCUUUGGUGCAGCAUCUGAGUCGCAUGUAUAAAGAGCCCGAGGGCGGAGCUUCAGCCGACCAAUCGAAAGAGCCCGGGGGCGGAGCUGCAGCCAGCCACUCGAAAGAGAUUGGGGGCGGAGCUGCAGCCGGCCAAUCGAAAGAGCUCCGAGGCGGAGCUGCAGGCGGCCAAUCAAAACAAUUUGACUUUGCACUGUGAUGUGAAUAAACUGUACUGUUAUUUUGACUCCACAGCAGUUGCCUGGAGUCCAAAGUCUGUCGUUUUUGUCUCGUUCACAUUUCAAGGCGUUGUAGCUGACAUAUGACGUGUAACAGGAACUUGACUGGCCUCUUAGUCUGCAAUAUUUGGUCAAUAUUUAUGUACUGUAAUCGGUGGACUGAUGCUGCUUGUUUAAUUAUAAAUGAUAACCGUAAACAAACAGUCAGAUAAAACAAACAGUUAAUGUUUAAACCAUUUCACCACAAAAUCAAAGCAAAUACAUUAUUUUAUAAUUAAGACAAUUU